AUGGCGCGAGGGCGAGCAGCGGGUGCGCGGGGAGGGGCAGCGGCGCGCGGGGCAGGGAGGGGCGGCGCAGGAAGAGGAGCGGUAGAGAUCGGAGAAGGAGGCGUGGGGACGGGGGGGGUAGCGAUGGGCAUGGAAGCGGCGGGGCGGAUGGCGGGGGGGUGGGUAGCGGCGGGAGAGGUGGUAUCGCCGUCGGAGGUGCCAUCUGGGGGAGGCGUCAUCUCCCCCUGGUGCAUGCACGUGCACACCGUGCUCGGCACGCGCCUUCUCGUGCCCGUCGCUCCCAGCGCCUCCAUCAGCGACCUCCUCCGUGCGUUCCCCUUCGCGCUCCCCUUCCCCCCGUCCCGCACGCCCAGCUCUUCUCCCCCGUCCCCCACUGCUGCCUUCCCCCCCCCCUUCACUGCUGCCUUCCCCCCCUUCACUGCUGCCUUCCCCCCCCUUCACUGCUGCCUUCCCCCGUCCCCUAUGGAGUGUUCGACUGAGAGACGAGGGAAGGGGAAGAUGGCGAGUGCUCACGUUGAUCGCCUGCCCUGGCGGGCCCACGUGCUUCCAACCAACACUGGACUCACGUCACCUUCUGCCCCCUUUCCUCACUGCACGCAUUCUCUCCCCUUCCACGCCUCCAAACCAAACCCUUGA